AUGACCAAGAUUUUCUUAACCGGUGUGACGGGCUACAUUGCCGGAGACGCCUUAGCCACCCUGUUUGCAAAGCAUCCGAAUUUCUCCUUCUCUGCACUGGUUCGCACCACAGGAAAAGCAGAGCAGGUCAAAGCCCAAUACCCAAACAUCCGUAUUGUCCUCGGUGAUCUCGGUAAUUCAGCUCCUCUAGAGCGAGAAAGUGCCGCAGCUGAUAUCGUCCUCCACGCCUCCGACCAUGCAGGCGCCGCAAAGGCUAUUGCCGCAGGUCUAGUGGCUGGCCACACGAAAGAAAACCCAGGUUACUGGCUACACACAGGCGGAACAGGAAUCUUAACAUUCGCAGCGACAGCGGUCGAGGCCGGGGCCCAUGUUCGCAACGCGGUCGACAGGUCUAUGCGCCAGUCGCUCUGGAAUAACGUCCACAUCCACGAUCUAAGUGACGUCUAUUCGCUGCUCGUUGAUGCAGCCAUUGCAGGUCGGACUGAUGAUGGGCUCUGGGGUGCGGGGGCUUACUAUCUUACCGAGAACAUGGAACAUGUCUGGGGAGAAUUGGCGCAGCAGACGGUGGAUUCAGCCACGAGACUGGGGUAUCUGCCAGAGGUGAAAGCCGAACCAAUCGAUCUGGAUAGUGCAAAGCGAUACGCUGGUUUUGAGUCGCUGAGCUGGGGGAUGAAUUCUCGCGGUCGUGCCCGCCGCGCGCGUAAGAUUCUGGGAUGGAAUCCUUCGCGCCCAAGUUUGGUCGCUGAGUUGCCGGCUAUUGUUCAGAGUGAGUGGCAGGCUCUGCAGUAG